AUGCGCGAAGACCUCCGACGACGCUUACGAAAAGUACUGACGCCACCUGACACGAAAACGCUCCGCGGUGCAGAUGGCGGCAUUAUUUCACCUCAUGGCAUGUGCGGCGCUCGCAUAAUUGUUAACAACAAGACUACCUUCAUCCUUUUUACAGUCCUUAUAACCUGUCCCCACGAGAUCAUCCUCGGCUGGGACUUUCUCUCCUCACAUUCGGCCCUCAUCCACUGUGCCAAAGGCGAGAUUGAGCUCGAUACCACCAUUUCCGAGGAACAAUCAGAAAGCACCGUCGCAACGCAACUAUCGAGCCCUGCCUUGGCCAGCAUUACAACCAUGAUUGAUCCGACUUGGGACGAGGAUAAGAUCCAUCAACUUCGCGACCUACUUUCCAACACCACAACCACUGACCCGGAGGGUGGAAAUCCCGUCGUUCAACGAAGCAUGACGUCACUCACUCCCAAAAGGUGCAUCGGCAUGGAGAGGACUCCCCUGGAGAGGGCGCUGCUCGUGCUGCUGGUCGUCAUGACGUCCCUCUGCGCCAUCAUGCUCAUCCUUCUGGCGAGGCCCUCCUCGAGAUCGUCCAGAACACCGUUUUCUGACAAAGUAUUGUAUUUAUUUCCAUUACUUCUUUCAGACUUGUCUCACAACUGUAUCGGCGAACAUUGUCGCAACGUGUGCAUAACUGAAGCCUGCGUAAAAGCUGCCGCCACCAUCUUGCGGAACAUGGAUCCGAGCGUGGACCCGUGCACGGACUUCUACAACUACGCAUGCGGGAGCUGGAAGCACCACCACGUGUUGCCCCCCGACAGGCCGCACUCCGACACGUUCGCCGUCAUGAAGGACGAACUCAAGGUACUGCUCAAAGAACUCCUGGAGUCUCCAAUCGACAGCACAGACAGCAACGCCACGAUCAACGCUAAGAACCUCUACGCAUCUUGCCUGAAUGAGACCGUGAUCGAGGCUCGUCGCGAGAAACCCCUGCUGAAGCUCCUGGACAGCCUGGGCUCCUGGCCCGUGAUCACUCCCAACUGGACCGGCGACGACUUCGACUGGCUAAACCUGACCGCGGUGAUGCGGCGGCACAGCAACGACAUCCUCUUCGGCCAGUGGGUGGGCGCCGACAGCAAGAACUCCACCGUGAAUGUGAUCCACUUGGACCAGGCGGAGACGGGGCUACCGAGCCGGGACUACUACAUCCGGGGAACGCAGCAGGUGGAGGCCUACUUCCGGUUCAUGGUGAGCAUAGCCCAGCUGUUGGGAGCCGAGAGAAGCUUCGCCAGCCAGGAGAUGGAGGACGUCCUCAACCUUGAGGCCAGGCUCAUCAACCUGACAGUCCCAAACGAACUGAGACGAAACUUCACGGCGAUGUACAACAAAUGGACUGUGGAGGAGCUACAAGAGCGCAUUCCCCUGAUCAACUGGACCCUCUACUUCAACACCGUAAUGCCAAUGGAGAUUCCUCCCACGGAAGAGAUUGUCCUGUUCGCCCCCACCUACAUCAAACAAAUGUCGGAGCUGCUGCAGACCAUCCCUAAAAGGGUGAUCGCCAACUACAUCCUGUGGCGGUUCGUGUCAAAUCGCGUGGGCAGCCUGGACAAGCGCUUUCUGGACAAGCAGCAGGAGUACUUCGGCGCCAUCUACGGAACUCAGACAACCCCGGCCCGCUGGAAGACCUGCACGCUCCUGGUCAACAAGAACAUGGGCAUGGCUGUCGGAGCUCUGUUCGUACGGCGGCACUUCAACGAGCAGAGCAAGAAGAAGGCUGAGGAAAUGAUCAGCGAUAUCAAGGCUGCUUUCUUGGAGAUUCUCAACAAUGUGGACUGGAUGGACAGCGAAACCAGGCACGUGGCAAGAGAGAAGGCAAUGUUGAUGACCGAGAAGAUUGGUUUCCCGGAGUAUAUUUCCGAUGCGACCGAAUUGGACAAAGAGUAUGAGGUAGAGUUCAAACGGGACACCUACUUCGAGAACAUCAUCAAGAACCUAAAGCACAGCGCUCUCAGGAUGGCCAUGAAGCUCAGGACCGGAGUCGACAGGACAGAGUGGAUAACGUAUCCCGCCGUCGUGAACGCUUUUUAUACAAGGUCCAAAAACUUCAUCAGCUUCCCCGCAGGGGUCUUGCAACCACCACUGUACCACAGAAACUAUCCGAGGUCUGUGAACUACGGCGGAAUCGGUGUGGUGAUUGGACACGAAAUUACGCACGGGUUUGAUGACAAAGGCCGUCAAUUCGACCAGCACGGUAACCUGAAACAGUGGUGGAAGCCUGAGGCGCUGAACUUGUUUCACGCAAAGGCGCAGUGCAUGGUCAGCCAGUACAGCAAAUAUGUCCUACCAGAAGUCAACAUGCCUGUGAACGGCGUGAACACCCAAGGCGAGAAUAUCGCUGACAACGGAGGCGUGAAGCAGGCAUUCAGGGCCUACAAGCGCAGGGAGGAGCGCACUGGCACGGAGCCCCAGCUUCCGGGCCUCAACCUGACGCACGACCAGCUGUUUUUCCUGACGUACGCCCAGAUAUGGUGCGGCACAAUGCGUCCUGAGCACGCCGUUAACACCAUCCGAACUGGAGCACACAGCCCCGGACGAUUCAGGGUCAUCGGAGUGUUAUCCAACUCGGAGGACUUCGCAAAGGCGUACAAGUGCCGGCGAGGGAGUCCCAUGAACCCAACGCACAAGUGUGUCGUCUGGUAG